UAUGAGUUUUAAGUGAGAAGACAUCAUGACUGCAUCUGAACGAGUUCAAGAGAUUUUAAAGCUGGUCGCUGAAGCUGAAGGAGUACAAACUUGUGAAAUCUUCGCUAAUGAUACUGUUUUCAAUGGUGAUGGAGGUUCAAGUGAAUGCUUUCGAGGCUCCAUUCAGAGCAAAGAUGCGAACGGCGCGAAGAUGAUCAAGGUGUUCAUCAAAGUGAAGCCACCAAGACAAAUGGCAAUUACUGGAGCUGUUUUUAUAAACGAGGUGAAUUUCUAUUCGAAAAUUUACCCGGAAUUGGACAGAUUCCAACGACUCCGGGGCGUUGAGCAGCCUUUUGAUAAAAUCCCCAAAUUCUUCUGUGGCAGUCUGGAGGAGUCUCGGGAGUACUUGGCUUUCCCCGAUUUACAAGCAGAAAACUACACUCUUUUCGAAAAAAGCCAACCCUUGGACGAAAAACACCUGCAAGCUAUAUUUGCGACUUACGGCAAGUUCCAUGCGCUGACUUUCGCAUAUAAAGCCAGCAAUCCAGAAAAGUACCGAGAAUUAACAGCCCCAGCUUUUGAUAUUUAUGGCACCCUUUUGGAGAGUAGGACAAAGGACAUGAAGGGCACUUUCCAAACAGUACUGGACUACAUUAAAGAUACCGAUCAACAAGGCGCUGACAAAGUUCAGAUGUUUUUAGACGACUUUGAAACUUCCAGAUCAAGAGGCUGUAAGUAUGAGGGUCAAUAUUCGGCUUGGAAUCAUGGAGAUUGCUGGUCAAACAAUCUGCUGUUCAAAUAUCUGCCGAAUGGGGACUUGGAGGACUUAAAACUCCUCGACCAUCAAUGCGGAAGAGAUUCGACUCCCGUCCAUGAUCUGUCUUACUGUUUCUACUCCGGAGCCUCCAAGCCCGACUUUGAUAAACUGGACUACUAUCUGGAUUUGUACUACCACAGUUUUUCGAAGUUCGCCAAAGAAUUGGGCGCUGAUCCAGACAAACUGUUGCCUUUGGAAGCUCUGAAAAGCGACUGGAAAAAGUACGCACUUAUGGGCAUUUACAUGGCCUUCAUGGUCUGGGAGUUCAAGUUGUUAGACAAGAACGAAUUCCAGGCUAGAAUUGCUGAAACUUCGAAAGGUCAAGACAUGAUGGAAGAAUUUUUUGAUAUAAUUAAGAAAAGCCGAGAGCAUCCUUCAUAUAAGAAGACUCUUGCGGAUAUUUUGAUCCACGCCGUUGAAUAUGGGAUAAUUUAGCAACCGAUUAAAUGGCCCAAGUGUUUGCCUGUUUAUUUAAAUAAAUACUAGCACAUUUCAGUUCUCCCUCUU